GAGUAGUUCAACGGUUAUCUCAUAAUAACUGUGUGUAUUUCAAAUCGAUGUGAAUUUCGAAAAAUUUUUAAAAAAUGUACGAUGAUAGUAAUAAUACAAAUAAAGAUGCAUUCCAAGAACCUCGAAAAAAAUUUUGGCUGCGAACAAGAAAACGUCCAAAAAGUGAUGCCAUCAGUAUCAGUUCAAUGGACAUAUCUAUCGACUCAGAUAUAAGCAAAAAGAAGAAGAGAAGAAGAAUUACAGAAGUGGCCAGCAGCAUUUUUUCCUCGUCUACUCUAGGUAGUAAACAAAGAAACAGUUUACAUAGAUCUUUCACAAUUCAACCAAGUACACCAGAUUUGUCAUUUGUGAAUAAUGAGGCAGACACAGGAACAUUAAAGAAAAAGCACAAGGAUAAUAUUGAAAACUCUAAUAAUUUUACAAUUAAGAGUUGGAUACUUGAUGUAGCAAACAUAAAUACCAAGGACAAGCCUAAUUAUGUUUUAAGUAGGAAGGAAAUAAAAAGACAAGAAGCAAUUUAUGAGUUAUAUUGUGGAGAAAAUGUAUUCAUUAGUGAUUUAUGUGUUCUUAAAGAUUUUUACUAUGAGCCACUGCUAUCUAGUGGUAUAUUUAAUUCUGAUGAAUUAGUUACAGUCUUUGGAGAUAUAACACAACUUAUUGAAAUACAUAGCAGAUUAAAAAAUCAAUUAAUUGAUCUAAGAGAUAAAUAUGGAUUUACAGAAACUGUUGGAUCUACAAUAUUGAAUUGGAUUCCAAUAUUAACAAAACCAUACUUGGAAAGGUGCCGAACGCAAAUAUGGGCAAAACAUUUGUUGGAUGAAAAGAGAUCAACAAAUAAACGUUUUCAAUCUUUUUUAAAAAAACGUUUAGAAUUUCCUCAUUCAGUGGAUUUAUGGACUUAUAUAGACGUAGCAAGAUCAAGAAUUGUUAAAUAUCCUUUAUUGAUUAAGGAAAUAUUAAGGCAUACUAUAGUGACACAUAUAGAUCAAACAUUUUUGAAAGAAGCAUAUGAUUUGAUAUCUAAUUUACUUAAAAAUAUAGAUAAAACCAUGGGUGAUGCAGAAUGUCAAUUGGCUCAGUCAAAAAUUAAUGUAAAAUUAGAUUAUGACCCUACUAAAUGCAUUGAAAAUGCAACAGAAUUAAUCACACAAGGACAGCUUAAAGAUACAAGGGGAAUGAAAUUUCAGUGCUUUCUCUUUAACACUGGUUUUGCAAUAACUCGUGGUACAAGAUCUGCAAUUAAAAGGUACAAUUUAUUUUGUCCUGUUGUACCCAAAGAACAAAUAUCUAUAAGUACAGAUGAAAAAUCUGAUAUAUGCUAUGGAUUUAAAAUUGGAGAUCACAUUUUAAUAACAGAAGAUGGACAUGGAAAAAGACAUUGGAUUGAUUCAUUCAGUAAAGUUUAUAAAUGCAGUAUUAAUUCAAUACAAAAUGUAAUUGACAAUGAAAAGGAAAAUGAAAAAAUUUUAACACCAACAAAAACAAAUCGAUCUACUAGGUCUAUGAAUAAAAUAAGUGAAAAUAAUUUUUCAUUAACAUUAAAAAAGAGUUUUUUAAAACAAAAGCGUAACAGUAUUAGUCUUAUUUAACAUCAAUAACUUUAAAUUACUAUUCACUACAUUAUUAUUAUAUAUAAAUAGAAAUGAUUUAGAUCUGUUAAAAAAUGCUUAAUUCAAUUGUAGUAGAAAUAUUUUUGUAUCGUAAACUAACAUUUCAUUAAGCUGAUUA